AUGCAUUUCCUCGUCAUUGGCGGAACUGGACGCAACGGCUCUUUGGCUGUCAAAGAAGCUCUCGCCCGAGGCCACACCGUAACUGCCCUUGUCCGCAACACAACCACCACUAAAAUCCCUUCACACACCAACCUCACCCUCGUCCAAGGCACACCUACUUCACAAUCAGACAUUGCCAAAGCUCUUACAACGCCCCAGCCUCCUCAAGUCAUUGUGACAGCACUUGCUCAGGUCCGAGUAACAGAGUCACCGUUUGCGGCUCUACACCCCGAUACCACGCCUGACUUCAUGGCCGUCAGCAUGAGAGCCCUUCUCGCAGCUAUCAAUCAAUCAAGUCUUCCUUCCAAGCCUAAGAUCAUUGUCAACUCUGCUCAGGGCGCUGGUUCAUCAUGGCGAUCUAUGAACCUUCCCGGGAAAAUUCUUUUUAGUCACGGUAGCAUGGGCAUCGGAGUUAAGGACCACAACGAAGUCGAUCGACUGGUGAGGGAGAGCGGUCUUCCCUUUGUGCUUGCACGGCCCGUUAUGCUUGCAGAGGGUGAGGCUCAAGUGGUCAAGGUUUGGCCCGAAGAUGGUAAGGGCUGUGCUUGGAUGCCUAAGAUUACUAGGGAGAGUCUGGGAAAAUGGCUCGUUGACGCAGCUGAGAGCAGUGAGUGGGAUGGGAAAUCACCUGUACUUACCAACUGA